UAGAAGGAGAUGAGCGCUUCACUAUGCCCAGGGCUUGAAAAGCUGCAACUCGUAGCAGCCCUCUCCUAGCCAUGUCCCACUUCUUCUACCUGGCUCCAGAAAUCCUGCUCCCCUUCAGCCCUCUCACUUCUGAAGAGUUCGAGCUGAUCAGACACAAGGCCAGAGAGCUGUGGCAGGAGGAGACGCGGUGGACCGCUUCUUCGGUGACAACCUACUCAGGCAGUUACGGGCAAAAGCAACUGGAUGAAGCCACCUGCAACCGACUGGCCCAAAGACCGGGCCAGCAGCAGUUUGAGUACAAACGGACACCGUUGCUGGGCAGCUCUGCCUACAGCAAUCUUCCCGGCCAGGCUGGUUCCCAAAAGGCGGCAGAUGGCAAAGGAGGACUCUCUGAUGUCGCAAGACCCUCUGAGCACACUCCGCUCAACGUCAAGCACAGAGUGGCACACCAGAUUUGGGGGUAUGAAGCUCCUUACCUAUCAUUUCCAGAUUACAGAAUUUUACGUGCGAAACCCAAGAAGCCAGGCUUUGAUCUCCUCAUGAAUUAUAGGACUAGAGGGGAAAAGCUCCUGAAACAUCUUGGGCGACAAUGGGAUUAUGAAAGCAAGUUUGGCUCCUCGGAGGAUUCAGAGGGGGAUCGAAACUCCUCCGAUUACUGAGAAGGCUCACUGCGCAUCUUGAACUGACGAAGAAGGAAGUCCCAGAGCUGCGGCCCUAGUUUCUGCGUUAACCGGUUAAGACAGGAGGUUGGAGGAGGCCUUGGUUGGGUGUGCACCUAGGGAAGACCAUGCUAGAAACUUCCCUGGGUUUCAUCUCUCGUUCUUUUUCUCGUGUGUGUGUGUGUGUGUGUGUGUGUG